AAGAGGCCCGGGUGCGUCCGGCUGCGCAGAGCUCUCCGCUCGGCCCGCGAACCUAGCCAUUCAGCCACCGCUGUCCCUGCCGCGCACACUCGCGCCUCUGCCUGGGAAGCCAGGCGCUGCGUCUCCACCCCAGAAGAUGGCAAAAGUGGCCAAGGACCUCACCCCAGGAGUUCAAAAGAUGUCCCUGGGCCAGCAGCAGGCAGCAAGAAGUGUGCCUUGUUUGAGAUGCAAGGGGAUGUGUUCGGGCUUCGAGCCACAUCCAUGGAGGAAAAUAUGCAAGUCCUGCAAAUGCAGCCAAGAGGACCACUGUCUGAGCUCCGACCUUGAUGACGAUCGAAAAAUUGGCCGCCUGCUGACAGACUCCAAGUACUCCACCCUCACGGCCCGGGUGAAAGGCGGGGAUGGUAUCCGGAUUUACAAGAGGAACCGGAUGAUCAUGACCAACCCCAUUGCCACUGGGAAAGAUCCCACCUUUGACACGAUCACCUAUGAGUGGGCUCCCCCAGGAGUCACCCAGAAACUGGGCCUCCAGUACAUGGAGCUCAUCCCCAAGGAGAAGCAGCCAGUGACGGGCACCGAGGGCGCUUACUACCGCAGGCGCCAGCUCAUGCACCAGCUCCCCAGCUACGACCAGGAUCCCUCCCGCUGCCGCGGACUUGUGGAAAACGAGGUGAAGCUGAUGGAAGAAUUUGUCAAGCAAUAUAAGAGCGAGGCGCUGGGCGUGGGCGAAGUGGCCCUCCCGGGGCAGGGUGGCUUGCCCAAGGAGGAGGGGAAACAGCAGGAGAAGCCAGAGGGCGCGGAGUCCGCCGCCCCAACCACCAAUGGCAGCCUCGGCGACCCCUCCAAAGAAGUGGAAUACGUCUGUGAGCUCUGCAAGGGAGUGGCCCCGGCCGACAGCCCCGUGGUCUACGCGGACAGGGCGGGUUACAGCAAGCAGUGGCAUCCGGCCUGCUUCGUGUGCGCCAAGUGCUCGGAGCCGCUGGUGGACCUCAUCUACUUCUGGAAGGGUGGCGCGCCCUGGUGCGGCCGCCACUACUGCGAGAGCCUGCGGCCCCGCUGCUCCGGCUGCGAUGAGAUAAUAUUCUCAGAGGACUACCAGCGCGUGGAAGGCCUGGCCUGGCACCGAAAGCACUUUGUGUGCGAGGGCUGCGAGCAUCCGCUGAGUGGCCGGGCAUACAUCGUCACCAAGGGUCAGCUCCUCUGCCCAACUUGCAGCAAGACCAAACACUCGUGAAAGGCUGCCCACCCACAGCAGGAAUCCAUAGGACCCCAGCGAGAAGGAGAGCCACUGUGAGCUGAGGUCAUCCUGAGGUUGUGAUGCCACAGUCAACAAGCAACAGAAACACUGAUUUCUUUUUUUCCAGUGGGAGUAUAUAUAAAUUUUUAGGUUGGGUGGUGGUGGAUUCCUGAGGGUCCGUAGUUGCAAAGCCAGAAACAUUCUGAGAAGUCUUUGGAUGGAGUUAUUUUUGUUUCUGUUGAUGUUUUCCCAGCUACAACGAACUAAAGGCACAAAAUGGUAUCCGGUAAGGCAUCGCUAGGAGGAGUUUCCCAGAAUGCAAUUCUGAGCGAUCAAAUCACGUAGCUGUAGGAUGGGCGUGCUUUUUCCGUGAACAUGGGAGCCAACUAUCACUUGUUGUCUCCUUUUCCAAUGGAAUUUGAAUUUAAAAAAAAAAAAAACUUAUUUGGCAUGAGCAACAUAUCAAUAAAAGUUUUAUGAAUUCCACAGA